AUGUCCUCCCAGUACGCCAGUGAACCGAACCCAACCGCGUCGGCCACUCUGAAUACGACCGUCGGGCCCAUUCACAUUGCUUUGUUCGCGAACCAGACCCCUCUCACCUGCAAGAACUUCCUCCAGCAUUGCAAGGACAACUACUAUGCCGGUACAAUAUUCCAUCGUGUCGUCCCGGGCUUCGUGAUCCAGGGUGGUGACCCCACAGGCACCGGGUCGGGCGGUAAUUCCAUCUACGAGUAUCCCGAAUUUGAGUACGAUCCUGAAGCCCGCGACCCGAAUGAGCGUGUGGUUCUUCGAGAUGAGCUACACAGUCGCCUGCGCUUCAACCGGCGCGGUUUGUUGGGCAUGGCCAAGAGUGAGGAUGGGACAUACGGAAGUCAAUUCUUCAUCACGCUCGCGAACACCGAGCGUGAGUUGAAUGGGCAGUGCACGCUUUUCGGACGACUAGAGGGUGACAGUAUCUAUAACGUGCUGAAGAUUGCAGACGCAGAACGCGUCGAAGGGACCGAACGGCCUGUAUACCCAAUCAAGGUGACCUCGUGCGAGGUUGGAGAACUGGGGCCCCUGGCCGGCAAGUUGAAGGACAGGAUAACUACCGCAUCCGCAUCAACGGGCGGUGGAAAGGAAGCGCCGAAGAAAAAGAAGAAGGCUGGCAAAGCCGGGAAAGUGCUUCUAAGCUUUGGAGGCGAUGAGGGCGACGAGGAAAUGCCCAUGCGGCCGGCGAAGCCCAAGUUCAAUACCAAACUUGUCGCGGAUGCGCCUGGUGCCUCCAGCAACACCGAGAAAACGCCUAAAUCUCAGACAGCAGAGCCAACCCAACCGCGCAAACGACCGCGGUCUCCAUCUCCGAAGCGCUCGCGAGAGCCGGAACGCAAGCGCGUCAAGACGCCAGAUCCACAGGCCCAGUUGCCCUUGAAGGACCCUGAAUCGCCAGUCCGAUCACCGAGUCCAGACCAACAGCCUACGAAACAGUCCAAGCUUUCCCGGACAAAUGCCGAAAUCGAGAAUCUCAAGGCGUCUAUGCGUCGCAACGUCGACACGGGGCCCGCUAAUACCGGCCGAAAGAAGUCGGCACUCGAAUCUAUGAUCCCUGAAACUGCAAUUCGCGGCCGUAGGCGGCCACCACCAGGCUCGGCCAAUGGAGCAGGAUCUAGUGCCGGCCCUAGAAAUGCAGCCGAAUCCGAAGCGUUGCGGAUGUUCAAUGCCUUCAAGGCCAAGUUGGAAGGUGGCGAAUCCAAGCCUUCAACAUCGCACAGCGGGAAGCACACCGACAAGGACAACGUCCAAAGCCAGUACCAGGACGCAGACGACGAAGAAGCUCAACUCUGUGACCUGCACUUUAUCGCCAAUUGCCAGUCGUGCCGAUCCUGGGACGACCCCGACGCUGCAGAAGCAGACGAUACGGGACGAGAAGACGCGAACUGGCUAAGCCAUGAACUCCGCUUCGGCAAGGAUACCCUGGGCAAAGACCUCAAGUGGAAGAAGGAGCAUCAAGACGCAGAUUCACUGAUGGUAAUCGAUCCACGCGAGAAGGAGAAGGAUUUGGGUGAUGGACGUAAGCGAGGUCUUCAGCGAGAUCGUGAACGUGAGCGCAAACGAGAGCGAGCGGGAGAGUUGGAAUGGGAUCGAGAGAGGCGUUGA